AUGUUCAUUAAGAAUGAAAUUCAAAAAAAGAAAAAAAUUAAUUUUUCUUUUUUAAAAUUACUUGCUUUAAAUAAACCCGAAUGGAUUUAUAUUUUAUUUGGUUGCAUUACAUCUCUAAUUAACGGAGGAAUUGAACCAGCUUUUGCAUUAAUUCUUAGUAAAUUGGUUUCAGUAUUAGACGAAUGUAAUUUAUCUGAACACAUUCGUAAUGUUAAUUUUUAUAUUAUAUUAUUUAUUGUUUGUGGUAUAGUUAUGUUAGUUACAAUGUUUUUACAAAGUUUCUUUUUUUCUAUGUCAAGUGAAGGUUUAACAUUUCGUCUUCGUUUUCGUGCAUGUCAAACAAUGUUAAAAAAUAAUGUUUCUUGGUUUGAUCGAGCAGAGAAUAGUACAGGAAUACUUUGUGCACGAUUAUCAACAGAAGCAUCAGCUGUACAUGAGGCGACAGGAGUUUUAUUAGGAAUUUUUUUAAGAAGUUUUGCUAAUUUAGCAAUUGGUAUUAUUCUUGGUUUAUAUGCAAGUUGGCAAUUAACAUUAUUGAUGUGUAUUUUUAUUCCAUUUUUAAUUUUAUCCGGUUGGUUACAAACCAAAGUUUUAUCACGAUUUGUUAAAAUGGAUUCUAUUGCAAUGGAAAAAGCCGCAAAUAUUGUUGCACAAGUAAUACAAAAUAUUCGUACAGUUGUACAAUUAACAGAAGAAAAUUUUUUUCUUGAAAAAUAUAAACAAAUUAUUGAUAAACCUUAUAAAAAAUUGAAACUUCGAGCACAUUUGAAUGCAUUACUUUUUGCUCUUGCAAAUUCAAUAUCAUUUUUUGCUCAAGCAGCUCUUUUUAGUUUUGGAGGAUAUCUUGUGAGAAAAAAUUAUAUCUUAUUUGAACAUAUUAUUUUAAUAUUUUCUAUUGUUACAUUUGGUGCUGUAUCUGUCAGUCAAUCAUUUGCUAUGGCUCCUAAUUAUGCAAAAGCACGAUCUGCUGCAAAGAAACUAUUUAAGUUAUUUGAUCUAGAAUCUCAAGACCUUGAUCAUGUUCAAUCAAGAAAUGACAAAGAAGAAACGAAAGGUUUUGAUGGUAUUGAAUUUAACAAUGUUACAUUUGCAUAUGAAAAUCGAUCUGAUGUGACAGUUUUAAAAAAUUUUUCCUUGAAAAUAGAACCAGGACAACAUAUUGCAUUAAUUGGUGCUUCUGGUUGUGGAAAAAGUACGGCUAUUCAAUUAAUUGAACGAUUUUAUGAUUAUUCUCAUGGAAGUAUAAUAAUGAACUCGAAAGAUAUUCGACAAAUGAAUAUAAAAGAAUUACGUGCUAAAAUGGCACUUGUUUCUCAAGAAGCAAUUUUAUUUGAUGUUUCAAUUCGUGAUAAUAUUAAAUAUGGAGAUUUAACAAGAAACAUAUCCGAUGAAGAAAUGAUUCUUGCUGCUCAAAGAGCAAAUAUACACGAUUUUAUUGUUAGGCUACCAAAGGGUUAUUCAACAAUGGUUGGAUCUCGUGGACUUCAAUUAUCUGGUGGAGAACGGCAACGUAUAGCUAUAGCACGAGUAUUAGUCAGACAUGCUAAUCUACUUUUAUUAGAUGAACCAACAUCAGCACUUGAUACGAUAAAUGAAAAAAUUGUUCAACACGCAUUAGAUGAAGCGCAACAGGAUUAUACAUCUAUAACUAUUGCGCAUCGAUUAACAACAGUUAAAAACUGUCAUGUUAUCUAUGUGAUUGAUCGAGGACAUGUUAUUGAAUCAGGAAAUCAUGAACAACUGAUGAAUCAAAAAGGUUAUUAUUAUAAACUUGUGAAAUGUUCACAAAAAUAA